AUGGCGUCCCAACCAUCAAAAUCGCCAUUAGAUCCUAUAAACUGGUCUCGUACCAGGAAAGAACUGCUCUUCGCGACCAUUGUGCUGGGAUCAUGCGCAACCGGCUCGCUGGGGCCACUCCUCGUCCCGGGCUUUGCUGUCAUGGCGGCCGAGCUCACCGUCGAUCUUACCAGCGUCACGCUCCUAAACGGGAGCCUGGUGAUGGCGCUGGGUGUGAGCGCGUACCUCUGCUCUUGCUUUGCCAUGUGCUAUGGCAAACGAGUGGUUUAUCUGUUCACGACGGUCCUUCUGCUCGCCUCUUGCUGUUGGGCUGCGGCGUCGAGGUCCUACGCGUCGUUGAUUGCUUCGCGGGUGUUCCAGGGUCUAGGAAUGGGCGGCUUCUUUGCCCUAGCCGGAACGGCUUCAAUCAACGACGUCUUCCUCGUGUACGAACGGGGUCUGCGCGUGGGACUCUGGAACUUUGCAGUUAUCGUAUCUGUAAACAUUACGCCCGUCGUGAGUGGAUAUGUCAUCUCGGAACUGUCUUGGAGAUGGAGUUUCUGGCUGGAGGCGAUAUUGUUCGGGGUUGUACUCGCCGCUGUCUUUCUGUGCUUCCCAGAGACAACAUUCGACCGGACUGCCGUGGAACCUUCGAUCGAGAACCCGAAAAGCGAGAUCACGGACAUAGCAAGAUCAGACAUCUCUGCGCCCUCGCGAUCAAUUAUUACCGUCCUCCUCGGGCACGACCCAAGACCCCUUCCGUCCCGCAACAUCCUCCUCGCCUGCAUCGAGCCCCUAAGUCUACUCCUCCACCCCAUCGUCGCCUGGGGCUGCAUAAUGUGGGCCGUAACCUUCACCUGGAGAAUCCUCAUCGGCGCCGUCGCAUCGCAGAUCUUCACAGCGCCCCCGUUCAACAUGGGCACCGUCGCCGUGGGCAAUCUAACAGGUAUCGCCCCCUUCAUCGGCUCGGCCCUGGGCACGGUAAUGGGCGGGUGGUUGUGCGAUCUCAGCAGCAGGACCAUGGCCGCCAGGAACUCGGGCAUCUACGAACCGGAGUUUCGCCUUCCUGUUAUGCUCCCUGCUAUUGUCACAAUGGCAGUUGGUGCGUUUGGGCUCGCGGCUGCGGUCUCGCGUGGUCUGUCGGUCAUUGUGUGUGGGGUAUUCAUGGCAAUUCUGAACUAUGCGGUGGGGAUGGGCUGCACGGUGAUCGUUGCGUAUACGAAUGAUGUUUGUGGUGAGAGGGCGGGUGAUGCGUUUGGGCUUGCGAUGAUUGCAAAAAGUGCAUUUGCCUUUGGCCUGAGCUUUGUCUUUAACCAGUUCCUGACCAAGUAUGGGUCUAUGGUGUUCUUUUGCACCUUUGGGGCUGUCACUGUAGGCGUCAUGCUUAGUACUUUGCCAUUGUAUAUGUUUGGGAAGCAUAUUAGGGCUUGGGCUGACAGGCAUGGUCUUUUUUGUCGGAGCAAAUAG